AAUAAGCCUUUUGUGAUUUUGAGUGAGGGUGCUGAAGUUCUUGGCAUGAUGUUCCUUUUGUGAAAGUAGUCUAGUUUACUUUCAAACACUGUAAUUAUUAUUGUUAUUUCCCCCCCACCCCAGGACUUGCUAUAUUAAAGCAUGUGCUAACGCCACGCGUGAAGGCAACUCAUGUAGCCAUUGACACAAUGAAAGACUAUCUGGAUGCAGUGUAUGAUGUGACUGUAGCUUAUGAAGGUACUGUGGACCACAAAGGGCAGAGAAAGCUGGCACCAUCUAUGACAGAGUUUCUUUGCAAGGAAUGCCCAAGAGUUCAUAUUUUCAUUGAUCGAAUUGAACUGAAGGACAUUCCAGAAGAGCAGAUGUAUAUGAGAAGGUGGCUUCACGAACGCUUUGAAAUAAAGGAUAAGUUACUAAUAGAGUUUUAUGACGCGAAGGAUUCUAAAAGAAGAAAUAAGUUCCCUGGAAAAAGUGUUCAUUCCAAACUGAGCCUCAAGAAAACCUUGCCAUCUUUGCUGUUUUUAGGUGGCCUGACUGCUAGUAUGCUUCUGACAGAAUCUGGAAGGAAACUUUAUGUAAAAACAUGGAUAUACGGGACUUUAAUUGGCUGCCUGUGGGUUAGCAUUAAACCAUAAGCAGGUGUUAGUCUCCAAUCAGUGAAAUGUGCAGUCUUUUCUUGCACAUUGCACCAAACUUUUUCCUGACUUUAUAGUAAAAAAAAAAAAAAAAGUGUAAAUAAAGCCUUAUUGAUC